GGUCAGUUCUGGGUGGUCUGAUGGACCUGCAGGCACUGUCCAGAGGAGUGCAGCAGCAGCAUCACAACUUGAACCGGACCAGGACCAGGAGGGCCCGGGCCCGACGCCAGGCCCACGAGGAACAUGAGCUGUUCAACAUGGAGGUUCUACUGGGGGUGGACUCCUCCGUGGUCCACUUCCAUGGCAGAGAGAACAUCCAGAAGUACCUCCUCACCCUCAUGAACAUAGUAAGUACCAUAUACUGCAUUACACUACACUACACUACAUAACACUACACUACAUAACACUACACUACGCUACACUACAUAACACUACACUGCAUAACACUACACUACACUACACUACAUAACACUACACUACAUAACACUACACUACGCUACACUACAUAACACUACACUGCAUAACACUACACUACGCUACACUACAUAACACUACACUACAUAACACUACACUACAUAACACUACACUACGCUACACUACAUAACACUACACUGCAUAACACUACACUACGCUACACUACAUAACACUACACUACGCUACACUACAUAACACUACACUGCAUAACACUACACUACGCUACACUACAUAACACUACACUGCAUAACACUACACUACACUAUGCUACACUACACUACAUAAGACUACACUACAUAACACUACACUACAUAACACUACACUACGAUACACUACGCUACACUACACUACAUAAGACUACACUACAUAACACUACACUACACUUAACAACACUACGCUACACUACACUACACAACAUUACACUACACUACACUACAUAACACUAUACUAUACUAUAGUAUACUACACUACACUACACAACAUUACAAUACACAACACUACACUACGUAACACUAUACUAUACUACACUACACUACAUAACACUAUACUACAUAACACUAAACUACACUACAUAACACAACACUACAUUACACUACAUAACACUACACUACAUAACACAACACAACACAACACUACACUACACUACACUACACUACACAACACUACACUACACUACAUAACACUACACUACACUACAUAACAUUGUACUCCUGAGUGGCGCAGUGGUCUAAGGCACUGCAUCGCAGUGCUAACUGUGCCACUAGAGAUCCUGGUUCGAAUCCAGGCUCUGUCGCAGCCGGCCGCGACCGGGAGACUCAUGGGCGGCGCACAAUCGGCCCAGGGUAGGGGAGGGAAUGGCCGGCAGGGAUGUAGCUCAGUUGAUAGAGCAUGGCGUUUGCAACGCCAGGGUUGUGGGUUCGAUUCCCACGGGGGGCCAGUAUAAAAAAAAAGAUGUAUUCACUAACUGUAAGUCGCUCUGGAUAAGAGCGUCUGCUAAAUGACUAAAAUGUAAAUGUAAUAACACAACACUACAUUACACUACACUACAUUACACUCCAUUUCCACCUCUGAGGUGAUUUUUUUCUGCCACAAAAUCGUUCUCCAACCUGUGCUUCACGUUUCCAUGUGUUUCAUGUGUUUUCCCCUUUUUAAUAUUAGCCUUUUCCACCACCCAUUUCUCCUCAGAUGAAUGUACAGUAGAUCCUGUGUGAGACCUUGUAGCAUUAUUAAUUUUAUUAUAAUGAUUUUCUAGCACUCUGGCCUCUCCGGCUUCAAUCAGCCAGCUACCUAGCUAGUGAAUACGAGCUAACAGAAUCAGCCAGCUACCUGGCCAGUGAAUACAAGCUAACAGAAUCAGCCAGCUACCUGGCCAGUGAAUACGAGCUAAUAGAAUCAGCCAGCUACCUAGCCAGUAAAUACGAGCUAACAGAAUCAGCCAGCUACCUGGCCAGUGAAUACGAGCUAACAGAAUCAGCCAGCUACCUGGCCAGUGAAUACGGGCUAACAGAAUCAGCCAGCUACCUAGCUCGUGAAUACGAGCUAACAGAAUAAGCUAGCUACCUGGCCAGUGAAUACGAGCUAACAUAAUCAGCCAGCUACUUAGCCAGUGAAUAUGAGCUAACAUAAUCAGCCAGCUACCUAGUUAGUGAUUACGAGCUAGCAGAAUCAGCCAGCUACCUAGUUAGUGAAUACGAGCUAACAGAAUCAGCCAGCUACCUAGCUAGUGAAUACGAGCUAACAGAAUCCAGCCCAAGCCCUCCGGUGGGUCAGGACAGGGGCCGGUGCUAAUGAGGGCCCUGCUGCAAGGGUUAUUAACACAGGAUUGGUGAUGGGGUGGGGGGCAUGGGCAGGGGGCAGAUCCAGGAAGAGAUAUGGAGAGAGGAGGGGAGGAAUGAAACGGGGGACGGGAGAUUCGUGUGAGAGGAACAUAGAGAGACGGGUGUGAUGGGAGUCUUGUAAAUACUGAUCAUAUGAUUAUUUUAUUUUGCCAAGGGAGGAAAUGGCUUCACAGCUGUAUCUGUAACAGCAGGCCUUUACUAUUUCUCUUGAUUCAGUAGAGUACUAUUCACUCUGCAUGAAUUGGAAAGCUUCAUGACAGCUCAUUUUCUAGAAAUAUCAGCGGUGAAAUCUUAUAUGAAAAACAAGAUCAAAUGCACGGCCCAGAAACACACUGUAGGACAGUUUUGUUAUUCCUCAUUGAGAGGAGUCAUUUAGCCGUAACAUGUUAUCCACUGAAGCAGAGGAAGAGGUUGAAUCCAACAAAAUCAAUUCUCACUUAAAACGGUGCACCCAGAAAUCAUGUUGCUCUGCCUGACAGUGGUGACCGUUCAGUGACCCCCACUCAGGUCAACAGAAAUAUUAUGAGACAGACAGACAGACAGACAGACAGACAGACAGACAGACAGACAGGCAGGCAGGCAGGCAGGCAGACAGACAGACAGACAGACAAACAGAGUUAUUAUAGAUGCCUAUAGUCAGUGUUAUAGAUCAUUAUAAAGGGUGUUAUAAAGCAUGUACUUCAUAGAAAGUGUUAUUAAAAACAUUAGCCAACUCCAGUUCAUUCUGAAUGCUGCAGCACUUGUGCUAGCUAAGACCAGAAAGAGAGUACCCAUACCACCCGUUUUAAAGUCCCUGUAUUGGUUGCCUGUUAGUUUUAUAGUUGAUUUUAAAAUUGCUUUAAUUAUUUUUUAAAGCAUUACAUGGCCUUGAACCGGAAUACAUGUCUGAUAUAUUUUUAACAUACGUGCUUGGUCGGUCCCUCUGAUCUUCUGGCACUGGUCUUUUAGUCGUUCCGAAGGUCCGAACCAAAACUUUUGGUGAGGCUGCUUUCAGUCACUAUGGUCCUGGUCUUUGGUGAGGCUGCUUUCAGUCACUAUGGUCCUGGUUUUUUAGGCUGCUUUCAGUCACUAUGGUCCUGGACUUUGAGGCUGCUUUCAGUCACUAUGGUCCUGGACUUUGAGGCUGCUUUCAGUCACUAUGGUCCUGUUUUUUUUGGCUGCUUUCAGUCACUAUGGUCCUGGACUUUGAGGCUGCUUUCAGUCACUAUGGUCCUGGUUUUUGAGGCUGCUUUCAGUCACUAUGGUCCUGGACUUUGAGGCUGCUUUCAGUCACUAUGGUCCUGGUUUUUGAGGCUGCUUUCAGUCACUAUGGUCCUGGACUUUGAGGCUGCUUUCAGUCACUAUGGUCCUGGUUUUUGAGGCUGCUUUCAGUCACUAUGGUCCUGGUUUUUUAGGCUGCUUUCAGUCACUAUGGUCCUGGACUUUGAGGCUGCUUUCAGUCACUAUGGUCCUGGUUUUUGAGGCUGCUUUCAGUCACUAUGGUCCUGGACUUUGAGGCUGCUUUCAGUCACUAUGGUCCUGGUCUUUGGAACAGCCUGCCAGAUGAUCUUAGGGCCCUCAUUAAAAUGCAAAUCAAUUUAUAACAUUUUUGACAUGCGUUUUAUUUAAUUUUUUUGUUGUUAUUCUGUCUCUCACUGUUCAAAUAAACCUACCAUUAAAAUUAUAGAUUGGUCAUUUCUUUGUCAGUGGGCAAACGUACAAAAUCAGCAGGGGAUCAAAUACUUUUUUCCCUCACUGUAUUGUGUUUUUAUCUUUCUCAACUUGUAUUAUUUUAUUUGUUAAGCACUUUGAAAUGCAUCCUCUGUUAGGAAUUUGCUGUAUAAAUAAAGUUUGAUUUGCAGACAUUCAGACAGACAGACAGGCUCAGGUGCAGCUGGCCCCGCCCAUCAGGAGUGAGUUGCCCAGCCCCGGGCCCCAGGAGGUUUCUACCAAGGACAUAUUCUGAAGGUUGCUUAGCAACUUAUGUAGAAGAAGAGGAGAGAGAGCUAGAGAGCAUGAGGGAGACAGGCAGUGUUCUCCUGACUGGUGACUGGUGACUGGUCCUUAACGGCUCUGAUAGACUCCCUUUGGAGUCUUGUGCAUUGGUGCCAAUUCAACUGCAUUCAAUUGCAUAAUACAUAGAGGAUUCAGUGUAUCAGGUAUCUGAACUCCAACGCAAAUUCUAUAAUAUUGUCAUUUUAGUCUUUGUCAAGAAACCCUGUAAUGGCUCAUUGUAAAAUCGUAAGAUGGCUGCCACAUGUGUAAUAGAUUCAAUCUGAUAUGAUAAUACAGCUAAAGAUUUUCCUUCAGAGUUGGUUUUUGCAUUAUCCCAUUUUUUUCUCUCCUCCAUCCCUCGAGUCCUCUCUCUCUUCUUCUCUCCCUCUUCUCUCGUCUCGCUCCCUGCUCCUCCUCCGCGCGCUCUCUUCUCUCUCUCUCUCUCUCUCUCUUCUCUCUCUCUCUCUCUCUCUCUCUCUCUCUCUCUCUCUCUCUCUCUCUCUCUCUCUCUCUCUCUCACGCUUUCUCUAUCUCUCUGUCUCCAUCCACCUCUGUCUCCCACUGUCAAACUCCCAAGCUGUUUCAUGGAACUCAAAUUUUCAACAAAAAUAAUCCCUUUUUGUCAGUCAGUCUGUCAGUGUGUCAAUCUGUCAGUCAGUUAGUCUGUCUGUUUGUCUGUCUGUCUGUCAGUUAGUCAGUCUGUUGGUGUGUCAGUCUGUCAGUCUGUCAGUCAGUCAAUGUGUCAGUCAGUCUGUCAGUCAGUCAGUCAGUCAGUGUGUGUCUGUCAGUCUGUCAGUCAGUCAGUGUGUCAGUCAGUCAGUGUGUCAGUCAGUUUGUCAGUCAGUCUGUCAGUCUGUCUGUCAGUCAGUCAGUCAGUCAGUGUGUCAGUCAGUCAGUCAGUGUGUCAGUCAGUCAGUCAGUGUGUCAGUCAGUCAGUGUGUCAGUCAGUCAGUCAGUGUGUCCGUCAGUCUGUCUGUCUGUCAGUCAGUCAGUCUGUCUGUCAGUCAGUCAGUCAGUCAGUGUGUCAGUCUGUCAGUCAGUCAGUGUGUCAGUCAGUCAGUGUGUCAGUCUGUCAGUCAGUGUGUCAGUCAGUGUGUCAGUCAGUCAGUCAGUCUGUCUGUCUGUCAGUCAGUGUGUCAGCCUGUGUGUCAGUCAGUCAGUCAGUCUGUCAGUCAGUCAGUCGGUGUGUCAGUCAGUCAGUCAGUCAGUCAGUGUGUCAGUCUGUGUGUCAGUCAGUCAGUCAGUCAGUGUGUCAGUCAGUCAGUCAGUCAGUCAGUCAGUCAGUGUGUCAGUCAGUGUGUCAGUCAGUCAGUCAGUCAGUGUGUCAGUCAGUCAGUCAGUCAGUCAGUCAGUCAGUGUGUCAGUCAGUGUGUCAGUCAGUCAGUCAGUGUGUCAGUCAGUGUGUCAGUCAGUCAGUGUGUCAGUCAGUCAGUCAGUCUCUAUCUGCUCCCUGUUGUCCUCUCCUGGCCUCAUUAGAGCAGUCUAUCUAUCUGACAGGGGACUGCCCUCCCUCUAUACCUCUACAUCUCUCUCUCACACACAGAUAACUCCUCGCUCUCCCUGCACUGUGUUGUGGGCCUCCUCCCCAGGGGCCCUGGCCUGGACAGGAAGAUGAGUAAGUGAAUAAUGAGACAGAGACUUAGGUGUGACAGACAGACAGAGAGACAGACAGACAGAGAGACAGGCAGGCAGGGAGACAGACAGACAGACAGAGACAGACAGACAGACAGAGAGACAGGCAGGCAGGGAGACAGACAGACAGACAGAGAGACAGGCAGGCAGAGAGACAGGCAGGCAGAUAUUGAUAUCACUUGUUAAAUCCACUUCAAUCAGUGUAGAUGAAGGGGAGGAGACAGGUUAAAGAAGGAUUUUUAAGCCUUGAGACAAUUGAGACAUGGAUUGUUUAUGUGUGCCAUUUAGAGGGGGAAUGGGCAAGACAAAAUAUUUGAACGGGGUAUGGUAGAAGGUGCCAGGCCAGGCGCACCGGUUUGUGUCAAGAACUGCAACGCCGCUGGGUUUUUCACGCUCAACAGUUUCCUGUGUGUAUCAAGAAUGGGCCACCACCCAAAGGACAUCCAGCCAACUUGACACAACUGUGGGAAGCAUUGGAAUCAACAUGGGCCAGCAUCCCUGUGGAACGCUUUCGACACCUUGUAGAGUCCAUGCCUCGAUGAUUUGAGGCUGUUCUGAGGGCAAAAGUGGGUGCAACUAGGGCUGUUGCGGUAACCGUAGUACCGCCACACCGGCGGUCACGAGUCAUGAAGGCAGUCAAAUUCCACAUGACCGUUUAGUCACGGUAAUUAGGCUUCUCCAAGCUCUGAUGCUGCUGCUGGUCAUUAGUAGCCUACCAAACUUGCUAACUGCCUGGUAGUCAGCACUCUAUUGUCCCUCUAAUCACUCUGACAUCAAUGCAAAUGUAAUCGAAAAUCUAAUCGAACAUUUCAUGAGAGCCCAUGAGCUCAUGUUGUGCAACAUUUCUAUAGGCUAUGCAACUGCAGGAGAAAACAGAGUGAUGGCCUCUAGCUUUCUAUAGGCUAGGUCUACUAUAUUUAUUUCUCAACAUUUCUAAUAUUAAGCACAUUGCUUCUCUGGCUGGCAUGAAAAUGAACCACGGGAAAAGCAUCCUUCAUUUGCUUAUUAAGUGCAUAGAUGACAUUUUUUCCCGCUGCCCCUGUUUCGAUACAGGUACAUGAUAAUGGUCCAUUCUAAAUCAAAACAAAUUUCACACAUAUAUUAUUUAGUAUAUGUAAAGGCAAGAUUAAAUCAAGAAUAGUCUGAUGGGUGACAAUAUUAGCCUAUCACUUGUGAAUUAUAUAUUAUCACUUGUGAAUGAUGCCCAACAUAAAAAACAAUGCCGUUUUUUUCCGACUUUUUGAAUCAGGUUAAAGGUUAAAGAAGGACACCUCAUGUAGCCUAGCCCAUAGGCCUAUAUGUUUUGAUAAAUUGGCCAAAUAACUUCUUAAAAUUAAGCACAUGAAUCCACUUUACAAGGGGUGUAGAGCCUAACUUAAGCAGAGCGUGAGUUUCAAGUUUGGGGAAGAUAAUUUUCACCAUAACAAUGCACCUUUAUAAUAAAAGCAUUACAUGCAUAAUUGCGUUUGCGGUCACUUUUGAUAAUGGUGUUUUCCUGUUUAUGGAACAUUCCUGCUUAUAGCCUACUGCCAUGUGUGCAUUGCUGUGCUUAUAAUGUGAAGAAAUAGCCUAAUAGUUUAUUAACAUUUUAAGCUAAACGUUCUGAUCUGUUGCGUCAGCCACAUUGCGUAAAAAAGUUUGAUGCUAGUGGUUGUAUUAAUUUGGGAUCUAUCGCAUCCCACAACUGUCCCAGACUGAUUUGGAAUAUUUAUUUAUUGCACAGAAUAGAAUUGGUCGACUUCUGUACUAUGGGGGAUAGUUAAUUGACGUAGGCUAGUGCUUUUACUGUUCGUUAGGCCUACUCAUCUUGUUGGCUGACGAAAAGUGAAUGUGGACAGUUCUUCCAAUAUCUUCAAUAUGCACCUCGGAAUUGGAUAAGGACACGCGCAGUUGCGUCCCCGAUGUGUCUGUCUUCACUUGUAGCCUGUAUGAAAGAUCCGAUCAGGUGAUGGAGAGCCAUGUGAGUGAGAGAUGCUUCAGUGUGCGCAGCAUUCAGAGAGAAGGGCACAACGCAGCACUCCGGGCCAAGGGCACAACGGCCACUGGCCGCAAAAGGCAUGGAUCUAUUUAGGGUGCUUUACGGACACAAAGAGGGGAUGCCGCCGUGAAAUUCGAGGCAUUAUCAAGUGCUUGUCAAAUUGUAAAUGAGAGACUGAUGAAGUGUGUACAGCCUGCGCAAAAAACACCAAAGCAGAGCUCAUGCCUUUCAAGUGACUUUUUUCAAAUCAUCAUUAGAGUCGCAUCAUGCAGCCUUACAAUGUAUUAAAAAUCAAAACAUAUUGCCCAAUGUUUGUAGAACAACUAAAGUUACAUUAAUAACUUUAAAUUAAGCAUAUAGGAGGACCUAUUUCUUUGUUAACCGCUCAACACAGAAUAGCCGCAUGUGCGCACUCCCUCAAAUUGUUUGGAGAAAAUAUCCUUUACGUUUUAUUCAGCUUUGUUCAAUUGCUUUGUUCAAUUCCGUGGCAUUAUUUUUUAUUCUAAGCAAAUCUUGUCUGCUAAAUGAACUAGUGUAGCCCACAGCCAUUUGGCAUAGCCAGAUCAGGACCUAACAUCCAAUCAAAUCAAAUCACAUACACAUAUUUAGCAGAUGUUAUUGCGUGUGUAGUGAAAUUCUACACCCGCAACAAAAGGACAACUCAGAGUAUCUAUUAUGUUCUUCUGAAAUAGACUACAUUUUCUUCAUAUCAUGCUUCUUUAGACCUGUCUAAAAUACAUAAUGGAUUUAUUGUGAAGGUGUAGGCUAUAUUACAUGGAUUUAUUAAACUUUUUAAAAUGUGGAUGUUCCAAAAGUCUGCAUCAGUGGCUUGUAGGCUAUGUGUGGAAGCUAGGAGAUUCCCAAUGUGUUUGUUAAUUAACGGUAAAUUACUGUGAGACCGACAGUUAUUUGCUUGAAAUCACCGGCUGACGAAAUUUCGUGACCGCCACAGCCCUAGGUGCAACUCAAUAUUAGUGUUCCCAAUGUUUUGUACCCUAAGUGUAUGUGUGGAGACGUUUUGAAUAGGACCUCCUCUCAGAGAGAGAGACACAUUUAUAUGACAUUACAAGAAGAGCCUUUCUGGGGAAGAGGUGCAUUUCUGGGGAAGAGGUGCAUUUCUAGAAAGAGGAGCAUUUCUGGGGAAGAGGUGUAUUUCUAGAAAGAGGAGCGAGGUGCAUUUCUAGAAAGAGGAGCAUUUCUGGGGAAGAGGUGUAUUUCUAGAAAGAGGAGCGAGGUGUAUUUCUAGAAAGAGGAGCAUUUCUGGGGAAGAGGUGCAUUUCUAGAAAGAGGAGCAUUUCUGGGGAAGAGGUGCUUUUCUAGAAAGAGGAGCAUUUCUGGGGAAGAGGUGCAUUUUCUGGGGUGCCAAUUAAUGAGGCAUUGAUAAAAUUCCAACAUAUCAAUGUCAGAUGGAGACGUACCAGGGUCCCGUUAACCGUCUUCUCCUGCACUAUAUAUUUUACAUUUACAUUUUAGUCAUUUAGCAGACGCUCUUAUCCAGAGCGACUUACAGGAGCAAUUAGGGUUAAGUGCCUUGCUUAAGGGCACAUCGACAGAUUUUUUCACCUAGUCGGCUCGGGGAUUAGAACCAGCGACCUUUCGAUUACUGGCACAACGCUCUUACCCACUAAGCUACCUGCCGCCCCGGCCUCUCUCAAAUACGUCAGGCAGGUGAUAUGCAUUCCAAAUGUCCAUGUUUCUGGUAUUAAUGCCAACUCUAGAAUGUAUUUCUAGCCAAUCAGAAACGAGUAUUCAACAAUUCUGUGGUAUAAGAUCAUGUACUGUAUAGUCAGGCCACAUGUGUCUAUUUGUCUGUCUGUCUGUCUCUGCAGGUGAAUGAGAUUUACCAAGAUGGUACCCUGGGUGCCCACAUCAAUGUGGUUCUGGUCCGGAUCAUCAUGUUGUGUCCUGCCAAGGUAAGCAGAUGUAACCUGUAGGAGAUAGACUGAUCCCCAUGUCAGAAUCCUCCUGUACUCUGGGAUUGGGGUGGGGCUCUGUUGGAGCAUAGGGGUUUGGUGUGGGGGUUGAUGUGGUAGGAGGUCAGUUUGUGUUGUUGUGUUGUGCCCUCUCCUUGUCUGUCUGUUAAACGUUUAAAAUGGCAAAUAAUAAAAAAAAAAAAUUAUAUAUAUAAAAUAAAAAUAAAUCCACCUAUACUAUAUCUACUUUUGGUAACAGUGCAUUUAAUUGUAAAACCCUGUUACUACAGUGAGGGAAAACAAUAUUUGAUCCCCUGCUGAUUUUGUACGUUUGCCCACUGACAAAGACAUGAUCAGUCUAUAAUUUUAAUGGUAGGUUUAUUUGAACAGUGAGAGACAGAAUAACAACAACAAAAAUCCAGAAAAACACAUGUCAAAAAUGUUAUAAAUUGAUUUGCAUUUUAAUGAGGGAAUUUAAGAGUACCACCUACUUGCUAGCAGGAUGUGCCAGGAAUACUUUGGGGGAAAAGCCCUUUCAAUGCACUGCAGACAUACUGGGAAAUAUACAAAUAUGUUGUCAACAUCCACUUAUAGAGUUUGUAAGAAGGGACUGAGGUGAUGUGGUGACAGUUAGUCCUUUCCUGAGGUGAUGUGGUGACAGUUAGUCCUUUCCUGAAGUGAUGUGUUGACAGUUAGUCCUUUCCUGAGGUGAUGUGGUGACAGUUAGUCCUUUCCUGAGGUGAUGUGGUGACAGUUAGUCCUUUCCUGAGGUGAUGUGGGGAUAGUUCGUCCUUUCCUGAGGUGAUGUGGUGACAGUUAGUCCUUUCCUGAGGUGAUGUGGUGACAGUUAGUCCUUUCCUGAGGUGAAGUGGUGACAGUUAGUCCUUUCCUGAGGUGAUGUGGGGACAGUUCGUCCUUUCCUGAGGUGAUGGGGUGACAGUUAGUCCUUUCCUGAGGUGAUGUGGUGACAGUUAGUCCUUUCCUGAGGUGAUGUGGUGACAGUUAGUCCUUUCCUGAGGUGAGUGGGUGACAGUUGUCCUUUCCUGGUGAUGGGGUGACAGUUAGUCCUUUCCUGAGGUGAUGUGGGGACAGUUAGUCCUUUCCUGAGGUGAUGUGGUGACAGUUAGUCCUUUCCUGAGGUGAUGGGGUGACAGUUGGUCCUUUCCUAAGGUGAUGUGGUGACAGUUAGUCCUUUCCUAAGGUGAUGUGGUGACAGUUAGUCCUUUCCUGAGGUGAUGGGGGGACAGUUAGUCUUCUGAGGUGAGGGACGUUGUCCUUUCCUGAAGGUGGGGAAUUGUUUUCAAGGGGGGGGACAGUUAGCCCGGGAGGGGACGUUCCUUUCCUGAGGUGAUGUGGGUGACAGUUGGUCCUUUCCUGAAGGUGAUGUGGUGACAGUUAGUCCUUUCCUGAGGUGAUGGGUGACAGUUAGUCCUUUCCUGAGGUGAUGGGGGGACAGUUAGGUCCUUUCCUCAGGUGAUGGGGUGACAGUUGGUCCUUUCCUAAGGUGAUGUGGUGACAGUUAGUCGUUUCCUAAGGUGAUGUGGUGACAGUUAGUCCUUUCCUGUAUUGGCUCCAGUCUAUGAGUCUGAUAGAGCUGGGGAACCCGUCUCAGAGUCUGGAGAACGUAUGUCGCUGGGCCUUCCUGCAGCAGAAGGAAGACAGGAAUGAUGCAGAGUACCAUGACCACGCCAUCUUCCUCACCAGACAGGAGUUUGGCCCCUCCGGCAUGCAAGGUACUGGACAUACUUAUUAAUGUGCUCUCAUACAAUAUACACAUCAGGUGUGUGGAUACAGAAUACAACCCUUUUCUAAUUCGCGCCGUGCGCUCUAGGAGACCUCGAAGCUCUCGAGAAGAGAGUACUCCGCAGGUCUACUCCGCGCUCUGACACUAUAGCUCGUAUCGCUAGAGCGCUCGCUCUCUAUAUCUAUCUCUCUCUCUCUCGCUCUCUCUCUCUCUCUCUCUCUCUAUCUCGCCUCUCUCCCUCUCUCUCUCUAUUCGCUCUCUCUCUCUCUCUCCUCACUCUCUCCCUCCUCUCUCCUGCUUCAUCAGGGCUUAAUUGGCUAUGGUCUCGAAUCACUGUCUCUCACAUUUUCUUCUCCCUUUUCUUCCUAUCAUCAUCAAGGGUUAUGGAUGGGAAACAUGUUUACUGCAAAGACAAAAAAAACAAAACAAGAACAACAACGACAAACAAAGCGAAUUAAACAGAACAAAGACAUUAAGAGUAAACAUUAUACUUUCUCUUUCUCGUUCUCUUUCUCUCUCUCGUUGCAUAGGUUACGCUCCCGUGACGGGUAUGUGCCACCCAGUGCGGAGCUGCACUCUCAACCACGAGGACGGCUUCUCCUCUGCCUUCGUGGUGGCACACGAGACUGGACACGUGUGAGACACUUAUACACACACCGUUCAACACACAGUAUACCCAAACACAUGUAUUACUACAGUUAGAUGCAUUUACAUUUUGUAGGUUAACAAGAAACUCUAUUGAAAAUGAAUACAGCACACAGUACACAUGCAUGCAUACUCCCAGACUACUGUUUAUUUGACGCAAUCCUGUCCUCCCCUGUCAGGCUGGGUAUGGAGCAUGAUGGCCCCCCUGGUAAUGAGUGUGGUGACGAGGUGCCCAUGGGCAGCAUCAUGGCCCCUCUGGUGCAGGCUGCUUUCCAUCGCUUCCACUGGUCCCGAUGCAGUCAGGCGGAGCUCAACAAGUACCUGAAGUGAGUCCAGAUCAAUCCUGAUCUCUCACCUCUCUCUGGUCCCACAGUCAGGACAUACACAUCUCUACCCCCAGAUAACAUGGCUUUAUGUUGUCUAAUGGUUUUCUACAGAUUAGAUGAGGUUAAUUAGGGAGGGAGGGAGGUUUCUGUGUGUGUAUUGCAGCCGUGUGGCUCAUCCCUUAUGGCAGGGGUUUCAAACAUCGAAACUGUGUAGAAAUGAUAAUGGACCUAUGUUCAUACAGAUCUUGACUGUUCAGCUCGCUAGUAAUCACUGUGCACAGUCAAUGGACCUACAUUCAUAGAGUUUCUUGAUUGUCCAGCUCGCCAAUAAUCACUAGACAGUCAAAGAGCAUCGAAAAUUAAAAAACAAAAAAAGAUGGAUAGAGAACAGUUUUUUGCAAAUUUGACAAUUUCUGACACCCCUGCCUUAUGGGAUUACAGUGUGAAACACUGAAAUCUAAACCAAACCCUUCAACUCCAAUUAAUAUGUUUUCCUCCCACAGCUCGUAUGACUGUCUCCGUGACGACCCCUUCGACCAUGACUGGCCGGCGUUGCCACAGUUACCAGGGAUCCACUACUCCAUGGACGAGCAGUGUCGCUUUGACUUUGGCGCCGGCUACACCAUGUGCAAGGCGGUGAGUCCUUCCUCAACCUCACAGCCAUAUGUACCCGUAUGCCCAACAAGCUGACCAGUCGCCACACCAGCAGUGUCUAGUGCUGCUACCAAUUUAAUUGAAUAUCUAUCCCUUAGAAAGGCCACCAUCUGGGCCCAAUCCAACAGAGCCUGAGCUUCACACAAGCGUCUCUCUAAUGACCAUCCUCCUUGACUUCCUCCUUCACCACUUUGACUAGGUCAGAGUUAGCCAUAAAACGGGAUACCAUCUUAGCUUUUAAGGCAUCCAGGGGAACAAAUAUGAUUUUUAUGAACUCAUGAGUUAAAGGCAGGCUGUCUUGAUCUGUUGGUGCAGCAUGACCUGAGUUAAGGCAGGCUGACUCGAUCUGUUGGUGCAGUAUGACCUGAGUUCAAAGCAGGCUGACUCGAUCUGUUGGUGCAGUAUGACCUGAGUUCAAAGCAGGCUGACUCGAUCUGUUGGUGCAGUAUGACCUGAGUUAAAAGCAGAUAUGUUGGUGCAGUAUGACCUCUUUAGAUGAAAAAGAAGAAAUACAAAACAAUGCUGAAGUUUAAUUGUCCCUCUCUGAAGAGGAAAACCACAUUUCAGAGUCAGUUAUAUUGAAAUGUUUUUCAUUGUUUAGUUUCAAGAAGGCUGAACUAUUUGGAGAGAUGGUUUUUGUUUGAUGUGGAAAGAAGAAAAUGAAAACAGCUGUAACAGCGGGUUUCUGGAUCACAUUCUGGAGUAAAUUGGAGGGAGUGCCUAUUGGACACUUUGCUUCACUUUCUUGUCAAACUAUUUCCUUAGCUGCGAAGGGCGGCCCGUUCAGCAAAGCAGGUAAGGGAUCAACCUAGGUCAGACAAGACUGUGUCCAUAACUUCUUUGUUGAAUGUUGUCCACAAACCAUGUAGCUGUUAAGGUGUCUGCCAGGGUGUUUAACCAUGUCACUGUCUAGUCUUUGUGACAUUAAUGUAUUUUGUGUCGAUCAGGGCUAAUAUAUUAUGCAUCUGGUGGACUGUAAGGUGACGUAUUUUACAGAUCUGUCUUCAUGUGUAUACACACACACACACACACACACACACAUCACACACACACACACACACACACACACCCACACACACACACCACACACACCACACACACACACACAAACACACACACACACACACACACACACGUCACACACACACACACACACACACACACACACACACACACACACACACACACACACACACACACACGUAAACAUGCCUCCAUGAUGUUUUCCAUGUCCUUAGGGUCAGGUAACAUGUAUGUUCUCACACAGGUUGUUAUUUUGAUUGAUGGUAUUGGAGUAAGCAAAGAUGGGGUGAUUUUAACAUUUUAAGUCUAAAUCACUGUAGUUAAGACGUGACUCGUGAAACAUACUCCUGCGAAUGUAUCUGACUGUACUGUGCUGUGAGUAAUCUCUCGUGGACAGACUAUGUGUCACGCCCUGGCUCUGGGGACUCUUAUAUGUUGAGCCAGGGUGUGUAGGGUCUAUGUUUUGUGUUCUAUGUUCAGUUUCUAGUUCAUGUGUUUUCUAUGUUGGCCGGGGUGGUUCUCAAUCAGAGGCAACGAGAAUCAGCUGUUGCUUGUUGUCUCUGAUUGGGAACCAUACUUAGGCAGCCUGUUGUGCACUUGUGUUUUGUGGGAUCUUGUUCCGUGUUGGUUUGUGUUGUUAACCGAGGACUUCACGUUUCGUUUGGUUGUUUUGUAUUUUGUAUCGUGUUGCCAGUACACUAUUAAAAAGAUGUACGCAUAUCACGCUGCGCCUUGGUCCAAUCAUUAUGACGAUCGUGACAGAAGAUCCCACCAAAACAGGACCAAGCAGCGUUUCCAGGAGCAAAUGCCGGGUAAGGAGCUGGAGAGGUUGGCGAUGGCCCAGGUGGGCCAAUGGUGGUCCUGGGAGGAUAUGUUCGCGGGCAAAGGGCCAUGGGCUAAAGUUAAAGCCCUGGCGAUAGAGGAGGUACGGCGCCAACAGUGUCGUCGUCGGACAGGCGAGAGGCAACCCCAAUACAUUUUUUGGGGGGGGCACACGGCAUGGACGACGGGGCUGCUGGAGGCAGCUACAGGGCGAGAUUGUGGACUAGGAAAGAAGGCCACCAGGUUACGGGGGCCAUUGGUCAUUGGAGGGAAGGAGAGUGUAGAGGCACGGCGAGAGGUACUGAGGUGUGUUACCAGUCCGGUCCGGCCCGUUCCUGAUCCCUGCACAAGGCCAGUGGUGUGUGUUCCCAGUACGGUCCGGCCUGUUCCUGUCCCUCGUACCAAGCCUGUGAUGCACGUCGCCAGCCCGGUCCGGCCUGUUCCUGCCCCUCGCACCAAGCCUGUGAUGCGCGUCGCCAGCCCGGCCCGGCCUGUUCCUUCCCCUCGCACCAAGCCAAUGGUGCGCGUCGCCAGCCCGGCCCGGCCUGUUCCUGCCCCUCGCACCAAGCCAAUGGUGCGCGUCGCCAGCCCUGGCCCGCCUUGUUCCUGCCCCUCGCAUCAAGCCAAUGGUGCGCAGUCGCCAGCCCGGUCCGGCCUGUUCCUGCCCCUCGCACCAAGCCAAUGGUGCGCGUCGCCAGCACCGGACCGGCUGUUCAUGCACCUCGCACCAAGCCAAUUGGUGCGCGUCGCCAGCCCGGCCCGGCCUGUUCCAUGCUCCCUGCACCAAGCCAGUGGUGCGCGUCGCCACCCGGCCCGGCCUGUUCCUGCCCCUCGCACACCAAGCCAAUGGUGCGCGUCGCCAGCCCGGCCCCGCCUGUUCCUGUCCCUCGCACCAAGCCAAUGGUGCGCGUCGCCAGCCCGGCCCGGCCUGUACCUGCUCCCCGCACCAGGCAGUGGUGCGCUUCGUCAGCCCGGUCCGGCCCUGUUCCUGCUCCCGCACCAAGCCUGGUGUCGUGUCAGCGGCCCGCUGGUCUGUCCCGCACAAGCCCGGUGGUGCGCUCGUCAGCCCGGUCCGGCCUGUUCCUGCUCCCCGCACCAAGCCUGUGGUGCGCGUCGGCAGCCCGGUCCGGCCCGUUCCUGCUCCCCGCACCAAGCCAGUGGUGCGCGACGUCAGCCCGGUCCGGCCCGUUCCUGCUCCCCGCACCAAGCCAGUGGUGCGCGACGUCAGCCCGGUCCGGCCCGUUCCUGCUCCCCGCACCAAGCCAGUGGUGCGCGUCGCCAGCCCGGUCCGGCCCGUUCCUGCUCUCCGCACCAAGCCUGUGGUGCGCGUCGUCAGUCCGGCACAGCCCGUGCCUGUUUCACCGGUGCCUGGUCAGGUAUCGGUCAGCUGCUCCACACCGGAGCCUAAGCAAUCCGCUCCACCGAUGUCCAGUCCAGCUCCAGCCAGCGGGACCAGACCAGGGGCGCUACGGGGGGGUUGUUAGAGGGUGGUGUUCACGCCCGGAGCCGGAUCCGCCUCCGAGGAGAAAUGCCCACCCGGCCCCUCCCCUGUUGGGUUUAUGUUGGCGCGGUCGCAGUCCGCGCCUUUGGGGGGGGGGGUACUGUCACGCCCUGGCUCUGGGGACUCUUAUAUGUUGAGCCAGGGUGUGUAGGGUCUAUGUUUUGUGUUCUAUGUUCAGUUUCUAGUUCAUGUGUUUUCUAUGUUGGCCGGGGUGGUUCUCAAUCAGAGGCAACGAGAAUCAGCUGUUGCUUGUUGUCUCUGAUUGGGAACCAUACUUAGGCAGCCUGUUGUGCACUUGUGUUUUGUGGGAUCUUGUUCCGUGUUGGUUUGUGUUGUUAACCGAGGACUUCACGUUUCGUUUGGUUGUUUUGUAUCGUGUUGCCAGUACACUAUUAAAAAGAUGUACGCAUAUCACGCUGCGCCUUGGUCCAAUCAUUAUGACGAUCGUGACACUAUGUAAAAAAAAAAUGGUGGUUUUGGUGCAUCAGAUUUGACAUGUUCAAUGUCUUGGUGCAUCAGAUUUGACCACAUGUUCUAUGUCUUGGUGCAUCAAAUUUGACCACAUGUUCUAUGUCUUGUGCAUCAGAUUUGACCGUUCAAUGUUUGGGCAUCGAUUUGACAGUUUAAUGUCUUGGUUGCAUCAGAUUUGACCACAUGUUUAAUGUCUUGGUGAUCAGAUUUGACACUGUUAAUGUCUUGGUGCAUCAGAUUUGACACGUUUAAUGUCUUGGUGCAUCAGAUUUGACCAGUUCAAUGUCUUGGUGCAUCAGAUUUGACCACGUUCAAUGUCUUGGUGCAUCAGAUUUGACCACGUUCAAUGUCUUGGUGCAUCAGAUUUGCACAUGUUAAUGUCUUGGUGCAUCAGAGUUUGACACGUUAAUGUCUUGGUGCAUCAGAUUUGACCACAUGUUUAAUGUCUUGGUGCAUCAGAUUUGACCACGUUCAAUGUCUUGGUGCAUCAGAUUUGACCACGUUUAAUGUCUUGGUGCAUCAGAUUUGACCACAUGUUUAAUGUCUUGUUGAAUGGCCUUGGUAAUGUUUGUACUUCACAAAAUGUAAAUAUUAACAUAGACGUCCUUAAUGACAGUAUUAAUUAUUGUUCUGAGUAAACCAUAUCUUGUUUAAGCUUACAACUAUUCACAAUAUUAGAGAUGCAUUGGACAGGUAUCGUAUUCAGUGAAUUCCACCAACGACAAUGUUGGACGGUUGUGUACAUACACUAUAGUUUGUUUUCUUGGUUGACAUGUUAUCUGCAUCUGAGAGAGAGCAUGAAUCUGUUUCUUUUAGUACGGCACCUACGACCCCUGCAAGCAGCUCUGGUGCAGUCACCCAGACAACCCGUUCUUCUGCAAAACCAAGAAGGGUCCGCCCAUCGACGGCACUAAGUGUGCACCAGGGAAAGUAAGAAAGGUUCCUCUUUACAUGCUAGUGCUUUGCUACAAUGUUGUGUCAACAUAUGCAGUGACAACUCUCUUCCUUUCUCUCUCUCUCCCUCUCUCUCCUCUCUCUCUCUCUCUCUCUCUCUCUCUCUCUCUCUCUCUUCCUUCUCUCCUCUCUCCUCUCUCUCUUCCUCUCUUUCCCUCUCUUUCAGCACUGCUUCAAGGGUUACUGCAUCAAGUUGACCCCAGACAUUCUGAGGCAGGAUGGUGCCUGGGGCCAGUGGAGUAACUUUGGCUCCUGCUCUCGCACCUGUGGGGGUGGUGUGCGCUUCCGGACCCGUCAGUGUGACAACCCAAUGUGAGUACAGCACAAGACGAUAGGAAGGCAUCUGUAAUGUCUCAAAUGUAAAGGAACUCCCGCUGUCUCUCUCCUUUGCCCUAACUCAGCCCUGCCAAUGGAGGACGCACCUGCUAUGGCAACAGCUAUGAGUUCCAGCUGUGCAACCUAGAGGAGUGCUCCAAGCCCUUGGUUGACUUCAGGGAGGAGCAGUGCAAGAUGUGGGAGCCCUACUUUGAGUAUGACAACACCAAGCACCACUGGCUGCCCUAUGAGCAUCCUGACAGUAAGUCCACAGCGCUGACUGGCUGGGAGUCAAAAUGCAUUGAAAAAGGGACCAGAGAAACGUUCAUUCAGACUGACGUUAGCCCUAUUCUUAAAAAUGGGGACUGUGUUAUAGCAUAACUACCACUGUCUUGACUGUCCCAUACGUUAAAUACAUUGUGAAUAGCAUCGUUUAAGCAAGUACACUCACAAAAUUGACACAAUAUGUUCGACAUGCAAAACAUAAGACCCAACUAUUUGCCAUAUUUUUACACUUAGAAGCUGAAUAUAAUAAGAGUUGGAUAUUCUCCAUCCUAUCACCUCUCCACUUUGAUUAGUACUUUUUGUGCAUGUUGUUCCCUCUGGACUGUCCAGAGAUUGGACCAGUAAGGAUAGGAGGUUUAUAAUGCCCUCACAGCAGCUGUUACCACUCAGGCCAGAUGUGUUUUUUACUCAGAAGUUGGCUUGGAGGUUCUGUUGAGGCAGAGAGAGGAAAAAGUGUAGACCACUGCUCUCAUUUUUCCGUUGUGAGGCCAGGACUUCCAUGCCAAACCAUUAUAAAACUCUGAAGUUACAUAAGCAAAACAGACAGCUUAGCUUUAGGUGGAGAGUAGGGGGAGGAGGAGGAGGAGGAGGAGGGAGGGGGAGGAGGAGGAGGAGGAGGAGGAGAGUUAGGGGGAGGAGGAGGAGGAGGAGGAGGAGGAGGAGGAGGAGAGUAGGGGGAGGAGGAGGAGGAGGAGGAGGAGAGUAGGGGGAGGAGGAGGAGAGUAGGGGGGGAGGAGGAAAGUAGGGGGAGGAGGAUGAGGAGGAGGACGAGGAGGAGGAGUGUUUGGAGGAGGGGGGGGGAAGAGGAGGAGGAGGAGGAGGAGGAGGAGCAUAGGCAUCUGGCUGUACUGACAUCCACACUACUUCACAUGGCUUCACAGUGUAUUACCCAGUAGCUCAAGUCUCAUUACCAUAAUGAUUUUUCUGAGUGGGAUCAGAAGAGUAAACCUGGGUUUUGGGGACUGAUUGGUUUACUGGGAAAUCUGAGAGGCCCGGCUCAAACAGACACACAGACAGCACUGCUGGUACACACACACACACAGGCAGGCCAACGCCACAUGUCGAGGGAACGUUGGUUUGAAGAAGGACACAUGGAAAUGUCAUUACUCAGGAAUCUCCUGCUUUCCUCCACGGGGGAAGAUUAUUGCUUUUUUUGAUUCGCUUUAUUAAUGAAGGUUCUCUUUACUCCCUGACUCUUCCACUACUGUGUUGUUAUAGUCAUACAUGUGUAUCAUCAUGACUAAAGAAUGCAGACAUAGUAUAAUUAAUCGAUAAAGCACGAGGGGGUGUGGUAUAUGGCCAAUAUACCACGGCGAAGGGCUGUUUUUAUGGACGACGCAACGCGGAGUACCUGGAUACAGCCCUUACCCGUGGUAUAUUGGCCAUAUACCACAAACCCAGAGGUGACUUAUUGCUGUUAUAAACUGGUUACCAACGUAAUUAGAGCAGUAAAAAUAAAUGUUUUGUCAUACCCGUGGUAAACCACGGCUUUCAGAACAAUCAGCAUUCAGGGUUCGAACCACCCAGUUUAUAAUAUAGAAUUCAAAAUACUGUUUGUUCAGAUGGUUUCAUUUGUGCUAGUGGGGAAUGGACAGGAAUACGGCCACAACUGUUUCCACAGUUUACCAUGCAAGGGACUCAAGUGAAGUCAUGCAUCUCUCUCUAGAACAAGACAUACCGUUACUACCUUAAUGAAAGCCUGUUCGAAAGGUUAACACAGGUGUCAAAGAAAGCUGAAGGCUACUGUACUGUAUGACCCCCCCCCCCCCUCCCCCCGCUCCUCUGCUCUCUGUACUGUAGUUGAUGAGAGAUGCCAACUCUACUGCCAGUCCAAGGAGACAGGAGACGUGGUGGCCAUGAACAGGAUGGUUCACGAUGGCACACGCUGCUCCUACAAAGACUCCUACAGUAUCUGUGUGCGGGGAGACUGUGAGGUAGGCAUCGCCCAGGUCUUAUGGCCUGUAUCCAGAAGUCAUGCAUGAAGGCAUGAAGGAACAUUAUCCUCCUCAUUAAAUAUUACCAUAAACAUUACAUUGUCUUAUACAAUCUGCUGCUACUGGCUAGUUCCUCUGGUAGUUAGGCCUGUUUUCCAUAUAGGUUUGAUAAACUGUUUAUCAUACUGAUGAGAACCCCUGCACCCACAUGCAUAUUCAGUCACGCACUCUCUCUCUCUCUCUCAAUUAAAUUAAAUUAAAAUGUCAAUUGAAUGGCUUUAUUGGCAUGGGAAACGUAUGUUAACAUUGCCAAAGCAAGUGAAGUAGAUAGUAAACAAAAGUGAAAUAAACAAUAAAUAUUAACAGUAAACAUUACACUCAGAAGUUCCAAAAGAAUAAAGACAUUUCAAAUGUCAUAUUAUGUAUAUAUACAGUGUUGUAACAAUGUGCAAAUAGUUAAAGUACAAAAGGGUAAAUAAAUAAACAUAAAUAUGGGUUAUAUUUACAAUGGUGUUUGUUCUUCACUGGUUGCCCUUUUCUUGUGGCAACAGGUCACAAAUCUUGCUGCUGUGAUGGCACACUGUGGUUUUCACCCAGUAGAUAAGGGAGUUUAUCAAAAUGGGGUUUGUUUUCUAAUCCUUUGUGGAUCUCUGUAAUCUGAGGGAAAUAUGUGUCUCUAAUAUGGUCAUACAUUUGGACGUGCAGCUCAGUUUCCACCUCAUUUUGUGGGCAGUGUGCACAUAGCCUGUCUUCUCUUGAGAGCCAGGUCUGCCUACGGCGGCCUUUCUCAAUAGCAAUGCUCACUGAGUCUGUACAUAGUCAAAGCUUUCCUUAAAUUUGGGUCAGUCACACUGGUCAGGUAUUCUGCCACUGUGUACUCUCUGUUUAGAGACAAAUAGCAUUCUAGUUUGCUCUGUUGUUUUGUUAAUUAUUUCCAAUGUGUGAAGUAAUUCUCUUUUUGUUUUCUCAUGAUUUGGUUGGGUCUAAUUGUGUUGUUGUUGUUGUCCUGGGGCUCUGUGGGGUCUGUUUGUGUUUGUGAACAGAGCCCCAGGACCAGCUUAUUUAGGGGACUCUUAUCCAAGUUCAUCUCUCUGUAGGUGAUGGCUUUGUUAUGGAAGGUUUGGGAAUCGCUUCCUUUUAAGUGGUUAUAGAAUUUAACGGCUCUUUUCUGGAUUUUGAUCAUUAGCGGUUAUCGGCCUAAUUCUGAUCUGCAUGCAUUAGUUGGUGUUUUUCGUUGUACACAGAGGAUAUUUUUGCAAAAUUCGCAUGCAGAGUCUCAAUUUGGUGUUUGUCCCAUUUGUGAAUCUUGGUUGGUGGCGAACACCAGACCUCACAGACCAAAAGGGCAAGGGGUCUCUGUCACUCUCUCGCAGAUCGCGCUGCUGAAGAGGAACCGAGCGGGAGGAGCGAGCGGGCGGAAGAGCGAGAGAGCGCGAAGCGCGAGCGAGCGAGAGCGAGACGCGAGAGCGCAAGACGCGAGCGAGCAGAGAGCAGAGGAGCCUCGCGCGGCAAGGCGCGAGCGCGCGAGGCGAGAGAAUCGACGAGAGCCGAGAGAGCAGAGUAGGGCAGCAGGCAGAGCGAAGCGCGAGAAAAGCGCAAACGGAUGGCGAGCCCUCUCAUAGUCCUAUCUCUCCUCUCUCACUCUCUCCUCUCUCUCCCUCUCUCUCUCUCUCACCCUCACUCACACUCUCUCUCGCUCUCUCCUCGCUCUCUCUCUCACUCUCUCUCUCACUCUUUUAUGUUGACUGUAAUGGGGGGAGGUUUUAAGUCAAUGAGGAUUUUGUAUUCUGUCAGAAAUAAUCUCUUUGUCCUGAAUGACCAAUCCAGGUCCACUCCUCUCCCUGAUCCCAUAUUCCCAUACACUGACUCAGCUUAUCUCUCUACAGCAUGUGGGCUGUGAUAACCAGAUAGCGUCAGACAUGCAGGAGGACAAGUGUGGGAUCUGUGGUGGAGACAACUCCAGCUGUAAGAUCAUCAAGGGGAACUUCACUAGGAGCGCUAAAAAGGAAGGUGAGCCCUUCCUCAACUUCUUCUACCCUCACUUCCAGUAACAUGACACCUACCCCCAACACACACAUACACAUUUACAAUCUCAGAUAUGAGACAUUGUGUCAACAUCCACAGGGAUGCUUUUCUCAGUAUCUGAAGCUGUUUUAAUACCAAGACGAGACUGUUGUUCAUCUAUUGUAUUUUGUUUGUGAUUUGUUUCAGGUUUCCUCAAGAUACUUGAAAUCCCUCGAGGGGCCAGACAUCUGUUGAUUCAGGAGUUCAAGGCGACCCCUCACAUCCUUGGUAGGUUUAUUUAUGUUGCUUCUGUGAAUAUCAGAGUGGCUCGUUAAUAUCCAGGAUGUUGGCCUCUAUAAAUCAGUAGUCUGUGGCUUGGUUAAGGAAGUUUGUUAUUAAUUGCUGUUUCAGUCAAGUUUUGGCUGCGUUGGGUUUGAGAGUACAGAAUACUUUAGUCGGCUGCCCAUAGUGCAUCUGGACUGCUGGGAAGAGAUCCAGUGCGGAUACUCAUUUAUACUGGCUCAAGAAUCUAAUUUCAUCUUUAACUUUUUAAUCAUGGAGAAAAUUAAGAAAUAAUUUAAGAACAUUUCCAAUAACCUUUUUGAGGAAUACCAACUUUAACUUUCUUCUUGAUUAGGUUGAGUCAAUUCAGGCCCUGGUGCUCAUUAUCAUAAUCCUGCCAAAUGUCUCUGGUUUGUCCCUGCCAUGAUGACGAAGCUGAGAAAAUCCGAGCUCAGCCAAAUCAGUACAUGCUGUUCUCCUUGUUGUACAUGCCUCAGCGGUGAAGAACCAGGCCACAGGUCAUCUGUUCCUGAACGAUGAGGACGAUUUCCCAGAGUCCCGUACGGUGAUAGAGAAGGGGGUGGAGUGGGAGUACCACAACGAUGACGACAUGGAGACCGUCCAGACCACAGGACCUCUCAGAUACACUGUUCUGGUCAUGGUGAGUCAUUUCUUUACACUCAGGUCCCUGGCCAGUACAAAUGACUGAGAUGACCUGUAUUGAUGUGCACAUGUGUAGCGAACAUGAGUCAGGCUCAUGGUCUCGGGAUGAGGUAGACAUUCCUGCGACUUCAAAAUAAGUGUCACCAUCAACCCAAGAGGAAAUGUCCUCAUCGUCUAACGGUCAAGAUGUAGGUGUCCUGGGUUUAGAUCCCGCCCAUUACAUUAUGCCACAGAGUAAUGUUUUUGGUAUCAUGGUUUAGUCUUUAUCCACUUAAAGUUAAAAACCACCCCACCAACAGAAAUAUAGCAGUAGCUUCAGGAAAUAAUUCAACCUGAAAUGUUCUCUGUGUAAUGAGUAUUCACUAUCCAGCCAUAUUGUUGGCUAAAACCUCAGCGCAUCUGUUUGCCUCAUGAAGAGUUAGUUACAGAAAAUCCACAGUAGUUACAGAAAAUGGACCAAUAUCAAAUCAAAUCAAAUCAAAUUGUAUUGGCCACAUGCGCCGAAUACAACAGGUGCAGACAUUACAGUGAAAUGCUUACUUACAGCCCUUAACCAACAGUGCAUUUAUUUUUAAUAAAAAAGUAAAAAUAAAACAACAACAAAAAAAGUGUUGAGAAAAAAAGAGCAGAAGUAAAAUAAAAUAACAGUAGGGAGGCUAUAUAUACAGGGGGGGGUACCGGUGCAUAUCAUUGUUGCUGUAAUGUUUGCCACAUCUCAAGUUGCUCUACAACUUACUAUUAGUCGUUAAUGGCUGUUGUGUUGUGUUCAACACUGAUUGGUUAGUGUAGCGUCCAUGAUUCGGCUCAUCGAUCGUCUGUUUUGUUCGGAUGUUGAUGUCAGCAAUCACUAGGUGAUUUGGUUGUUCUUUUUCAAUUGUAUCAGAGUUCAGCUGUGAACAAGUGUAUCGUUUUGGAAUUUACAUUAUCUUUUCCAUCCCACAGAUCCGUUCCCACGGUGACUCCAAAGUUACUCUCUCCUACAAGUACUUUCUCCACGAAGAGCUGCAGUCGUCCAUAGAAAGUAACCUGGUGCAGGAGGACACAGCCUACUUUGAGUGGGCUCUGAAGAAGUGGUCUCACUGCUCGAGGCCCUGUGGAGGUAACAACAUAACCUCCUCCUGUCUUCAACUGCCAAAUAACCUUGGAUGUUGACCAACGUUGUUGGUGCUUCUGCCUCUGCAUUGCUUGCUUAAAGAGGUUUUAGGAUGGUUAUCUGUAAAGCACUUUGUGAAAACUGUUGAUGUAAAAAGGGCUUUAUAAAAUACAUUUGAUUGAUUGAUUGAUUUGUUGUUGUGAGUGGUAGUGUGUACACUCUGUGCCCUCUCUAGGUAAGCAGUACACAAGGUUUGGCUGCAGGAGAAAGUCAGAUGGGAAGAUGGUCCACCGCACCCUCUGUGUGAACAUCGACAAGCCCCGAGCUAUCAGCAGGGACUGCAGCCAGAAAGAGUGCUCCCAGCCAGUGUAUGUGAAUGCAUUAGUGUGUGUGUGUGCGUCUGUGUGUGUGUGUGUGUGUGUCUGUGUCUGUGUCUGUGUCUGUGUGUGGGCCGUGCGCUGUGAAUGUUCUAUGUAACUAUUGUAUUACCAAUUCUGUAAAUAAGCUAUUAAUAUUCCUGUUGUGUCUCAGUAAGUCAUUCUGUUCCCACUCCUCCUGUACGGUGAUGUGUGUGUGUGUGUGUCUGCUCUAAUCUCCAGUUGGAUCACUGGGGACUGGGAGGAGUGUAGUUCAUCCUGUGGGAAGACUGGCUACCAGACCCGCUCUGUCUUCUGUCUGCAGCCCCUCUCCGGCGGUGGCCAACGUACCAUCCACAGCAAGUACUGUAAUGAUGACAGGCCAGUGGGAAGACGACCCUGCAACCGCCAGCUGUGCUCUGCCAAGUGGGGUGCAGGACCCUGGUCCCAGGUGAGUAUGUGUUGAAAGCCACGUGAAUAUUUCUCCACUAUUACUGACAGCAUUCCUAUGCAAACACUUGUUUCCAUGGAAUCUUGAACUCAGAGGUGUGUGUGUGUGUGUGUGCGUGUGUGCGUGCAUGCGUGUGUAUUUUUUAGUGUUCGGUGACGUGUGGCAACGGGACCCAGGAGCGCCAGGCUCUGUGCAACACUUCUGAUAACUCAGUGGGACUCUGCAUGGAGGCCAAACCCAUCACACUCAGAACCUGCCAGCUAGUCCCCUGCACAGGUGACUGUCCAAUCAGAAGGCUUAACUUAUUGAACACAAGUACUGAAACAAUUUAUUACUGAAACAAUAUUAAUAGAUUUUCACAUCAUCAUAUUCUGUUUGUUUUGUUCUCAGGUGACGGAAGAAACUUUUUGAUCCAGUGGCUGUCGCGGGCCAACCCAGAGUUCCCUGCUCCCAAGAUCUCCUCAAGUAAACAUCCCCUCUAUAGCUCGGAGCGAGGAGUCCGCUGCAUGCCUCUGCUCACCUGGACUUUACCCUUCUCUCUCUGCCUCUCUCUGCGGGGCAGAAUGCCCUGACAUUGUCUCUCUUCUCUUCUCCUCUUCUCCUCUACACUGGAGGAUGGCUCCUGCCUGCCUGUCUGUGGCUUCUCUGUCUGGCUGAGAAAGGGAGACUUCCUGUGCUGUGGUCUCUGUUUCUCUGGCUCUUUCUCUCACACGCACAGCACACGCUCUCUCCUUCAGGGGUCUGACUGUGCUGUAGGCUGCAAAGCUGGCCUUGAAAUCCUCACUGAAGAGAGAAAUGGAAGUUCCAUCUCUGAUAAGGCUCUAUUAAGUCCUGCCUGUGAGACUAUAAUCGUGGCCUAGCCUCUGUAUAUGGAGUUGCUCACUGGUUACGUGUUAUUGGGUUUGAAUCUGGGAAACUCAACGGAAGUGAAUAUGGAGAUACGCAGUGGAUUUGAUAACAAGAAGCUGGGGAGUUGUUUUGGGAGAGACAUUUCUUCCAUGACUGUUAACACAAAGGUGAAGCUGACUCCGUAACUGGUGUCUGAGGGGCGUUGAGAACGGAGCAGAAGACACAACUCCAUUGUUCGCUGUAACAUGGACAAUAACGUUGUAUUGUUAUACAGUAUGCAUACACAAUGAUCAACGUAAAUAGUUCCACAGAAAUAAGGUGUGAGUUACUCUGCCUCUCUAUUACUGGCUGUUACCGUAUGUGUAUUUGUAUCAAUUCUACCUAAAUAUUUAAAGUGAAACAUCUAAUGAGCAUUAAAUAAUAUGGAAAUUAAUAUAAGUAAGCAGAGCAGAAUGUUUACGCGGAGGUGAGUAUGGUUUAUUCUCACGUUCACUGUGAAUUUUACUGUCAAUACAUUUUGUGCGGUAGACAGAGGACACUAAAAUGUAUCCUUAUUUAUCUAAAUAUGCUUGUGUGUUUGUGUAACAUUGUAAGGCGUUAGUUAGUCAAAAAUACCUAGUUAGCUCUGAUACCUCAUGCCGUAAUUUUGUCAUAAACAUCUGGAAAUAGCUUUGUCUUAUAUUAGGCUGUAGGGAGAAAUUAAGAAAUAAUGUCUUUUUUUCUUGUGAUAAGGAACAGGAGAAGCUUCCUGAGGAAGAAAAAAUUACUUGAUGUUUACAACCACAUGGAUUCACAGCACCUUCAUGGACAAAACAGAGAUCGUCAUUUAUGGUCAUUGUAUCAUGAUUGUGGCAAUGUAGCAAGCUAAAUUCUGGCAGCUGUGGGGAAAACAAUGUGUCAACAAGAUUUAAACGGCGACUUGAGAGUAUUUACAAUAUAUAAAAUCAUUUUGCCUGUAUUCAGUAGCAUUUAUGACUUUAAGUUUCUCAACUUGGUGACAACAAUGAAUUGUGUGCUUUCAUCAGCCAACUUGUAGCUAAGGCCUGGAAAUAUGUGUUCCUUACUAUAUAUUGGCCAAAAAUGAUUUUUUAUUAGAGGGACUGGGUUAAGAGUUUUUAAGCAUAUCAUGAGACACUAAAUGUGCUGUUCCUUUUACACAAACAGGACAUAUUUAUUGUUUCACUUGAUCACCAGUGUGUACAGUAUAUCAGUUAUUGUUCAUCUGUUUUGGCUUACCAGUGUUAUGCAGAUCUUAACCAAACUGUUGACCAAACUGUCAACUGUCUCUACUGAAUAGACAGCUUUCACAUAUAUGACAGGGAGAGUGUAUCAUGUGACUUUGGUGUCUCAUUCCUUCCAGCAGUAAAGCUCAAACCCAACAAAUAAAACGGUCAACUUUUUGCCUGACAGAUUAUACAGCUAUCUUACCCUUGACAUCUUUACAUCUGAUUCAGCAUCUUUGCCUUUUCUGCUUUCUCAGUCACUGUAGGCUUUCCUGUGAAUCCCUCGCUGUUCCUUUCUUUGGGAUAGUUUUCUGGUUGAGGUUGUGUUGUGUUUCUGAGAUGUGUGCUGCUUUGUGUUUCAGGGCUGUGUAAGGGAGAUAGGUCAGUAUUCUGUCGUAUGGAGAUUCUCAGCAUGUACUGCUCCAACCCUGGGUACAGACAGAUGUGCUGCAAGUCCUGCAGCGAGGUAAACUUCACCACUACGGGCCAGACCUUCACCAGUAGGGGCCAGACCUUCUCCAGUACUGGCCAGACCUUCACCAGUACGGGCCAGACCUUCACCAGUACGGGCCAGACCACCACUACGGGCCAGACCUUCACCACUGGGCCCUGGAGGUACACCACACUACCUGGUCCAACCCUCACCAACGGCUCCUGCUCAACAACCCCCACAACAACCCACACACCCAAACCCUCCACUGAGCUUUAUACCACUGACUUUGCUUAUGUCGACUACGACGAUUAUGAGGAGUAUACAACCAAAACCAACGAGCACAGCACAGCGAAUAAAAUAUAGUCCUACCACCACCCCUGUAUUAACCACCAGAAGCCCCAGAAGAACAACCACCCCUUCGGUUACCUCCAGGAGUCUUACAUCUCUCCCUACCACCAAUGAGGAGACUACAGAUCCCAGCACCACCGUCACCACCACUCAACCCACCACAGAACCCACCACAGAACCCACCACAGUCCCCACCAGUCAGGGCCCAUCGACUCUCAGAACUACAAAUGUCCCCAAGUCCACCACAGUUUGGGUUGAUGUUAUUAAGGGGAAGUCCUGGACAACCCUGGCUCCAUCCACUUCCAGACCUAAAGUAGACAAGAGAUGGAAAACCAUCCCAACACAGCGUAGGGUCAGUGUGAUACGCGUGCCCUCCACCAUACCCCCCCACAGGACAGAGGACAAGAGAGAGAACAACUGGCUGGAGGUGCCGUACAAGAUCGUUGGUGUAGACAAUGAUGUCUCUCAAAACUACUUUGUUCCUAGAAGACGGCCUCCAUUCCGAGAAAUGACACGGAACAAAAGAAUACAAGAGCUCCUAGCUGAGAAAAGGAGGCAAGACUUACUCCUCAAACAAGCACCAGGAUCU